UUCGGAGGCUGCACUCCUCAGACCCUCUCUUCGACUCUUCCCUCACCUCAGCCCCCGCUCCCCGCCUUCUUCCCUGCUCAGGGCGCCGGCCGCCCCGUCCCUCCGCCGCCCCCCGGCCGCGGGGAGGACAUGGCCGCGCACAGGCCGGUGGAAUGGGUCCAGGCCGUGGUCAACCGCUUCGAUGAUCAGCUUCCAAUAAAAACAGGACAGCAGAACACACAUACCAAAGUCAGUACUGAACACAACAAGGAAUGUCUUAUCAAUAUUUCCAAAUACAAGUUUUCUUUGGUUAUAAGCGGCCUCACUACUAUCUUAAAGAAUGUUAACAAUAUGAGAAUAUUUGGAGAAGCUGCUGAAAAAAAUUUAUAUCUCUCUCAGUUGAUUAUAUUGGAUACACUGGAAAAAUGUCUUGCUGGGCAACCAAAGGACACAAUGAGAUUAGAUGAAACAAUGCUCGUCAAACAGUUGCUGCCAGAAAUCUGCCAUUUCCUUCACACCUGUCGUGAAGGAAACCAACAUGCAGCUGAGCUUCGGAAUUCCGCCUCUGGGGUUUUAUUUUCUCUCAGCUGCAACAACUUCAAUGCGGUCUUCAGUCGCAUUUCUACCAGGUUACAGGAAUUGACCGUUUGUUCAGAAGAUAAUGUUGAUGUUCAUGAUAUAGAAUUGUUACAGUAUAUCAAUGUGGAUUGUGCAAAAUUAAAACGACUCCUGAAGGAAACAGCAUUUAAAUUUAAAGCCCUAAAGAAGGUUGCACAGUUAGCAGUUAUAAAUAGCCUGGAAAAAGCAUUUUGGAACUGGGUAGAAAAUUACCCAGAUGAAUUUACAAAGCUAUACCAGAUUCCACAGACUGAUAUGGCUGAGUGUGCAGAAAAACUGUUUGACUUGGUGGAUGGUUUUGCAGAAAGCACCAAACGUAAAGCGGCAGUUUGGCCACUACAGAUCAUUCUUCUUAUCUUGUGUCCAGAAGUAAUCCAGGACAUAACCAAGGAUGCGGUUGAUGAAAAUAACAUGAAUAAGAAGUUGUUUCUGGACAGUCUACGAAAAGCACUUGCUGGCCAUGGAGGAAGCAGGCAGCUGACUGAGAGUGCUGCAAUCGCCUGCGUCAAACUGUGUAAAGCAAGCACCUACAUCAACUGGGAAGAUAACUCCGUCAUCUUCCUGCUAGUUCAGUCCAUGGUGGUUGAUCUUAAGAACCUGCUUUUUAAUCCAAGUAAACCAUUCUCGAGAGGCAGUCAGCCUGCAGAUGUGGAUCUGAUGAUUGACUGCCUCGUUUCUUGCUUUCGUAUAAGCCCUCACAACAACCAACACUUUAAGAUUUGCCUGGCUCAGAAUUCCCCAUCUACAUUUCACUACGUGCUGGUAAAUUCACUCCAUCGAAUCAUCACCAAUAGCACUUUCAAGCAUGGACUCGGCACUGCUUCUGCAUUGGAUUGGUGGCCUAAGAUUGAUGCCGUGUAUUGUCACUCAGUUGAACUUCGAAAUAUGUUUGGUGAAACACUUAAUAAAGCAGUGCAGGGCUGCGGAGCCCACCCAGCAAUACGAAUGGCACCGAGUCUUACAUUUAAAGAAAAAGUAACAAGCCUUAAAUUUAAAGAAAAACCUACAGACCUGGAGACAAGAAGCUAUAAGUAUCUUCUCUUGUCCAUGGUGAAACUAAUUCAUGCAGAUCCAAAGCUCUUGCUUUGUAAUCCAAGAAAGCAGGGGCCUGAAACCCAAGGCAGCACAGCAGAAUUAAUAACGGGACUUGUCCAGCUGGUCCCUCAGUCACACAUGCCAGAGAUCGCUCAGGAAGCAAUGGAGGCCCUGCUGGUUCUUCAUCAGUUGGAUAGCAUUGAUUUGUGGAAUCCCGAUGCUCCUGUGGAAACAUUUUGGGAAAUUAGCUCACAAAUGCUUUUUUAUAUCUGCAAGAAAUUAACAAGCCAUCAAAUGCUUAGUAGCACAGAAAUUCUCAAAUGGUUGCGGGAAAUUUUGAUCUGCAGGAAUAAAUUUCUUCUUAAAAAUAAGCAGGCAGAUAGAAGCUCCUGUCACUUUCUAGUCUUUUACGGGGUAGGAUGUGACAUUCCUUCAAGUGGAACUGCCAGUCAGAUGUCCAUGGAUCACGAAGAGUUACUCCGAACUUGUACUCCUGGAGCCUCUCUCCGGAAGGGGAAAGGGAACACGUCCAUGGAUAGUGCAGCAGGGUGCAGUGGAACCCCACCAAUAUGCCGACAGGCCCAGACCAAACUGGAAGUGGCCCUGUACAUGUUUCUGUGGAGCCCUGACACUGAAGCUGUUCUAGUUGCCAUGUCCUGUUUCCGCCACCUCUGUGAGGAAGCAGAUAUCCGGUGCGGGGUGGACGAGGUGUCAGUGCACAACUUCUUGCCCAACUAUAAUACAUUCAUGGAGUUUGCCUCUGUCAGCAAUAUGAUGUCAACGGGGAGAACAGCCCUUCAGAAAAGAGUGAUGGCACUACUAAGGCGCAUUGAGCAUCCCACUGCAGGAAACACUGAGGCUUGGGAAGAUACGCAUGCAAAAUGGGAACAAGCUACAAAACUAAUCCUCAACUAUCCAAAAGCCAAAAUGGAAGAUGGCCAGGCUGCUGAAAGCCUUCACAAGACCAUUGUUAAGAGGCGAAUGUCUCAUGUGAGUGGAGGAGGAUCCAUUGACUUGUCUGACACGGACUCCUUACAGGAGUGGAUCAACAUGACUGGCUUCCUCUGUGCCCUUGGGGGAGUGUGCCUGCAGCAGAGGAGCAAUUCCGGCCUGGCCACCUAUAGCCCUCCCAUGGGCCCCGUCAGUGAACGCAAGGGUUCCAUGAUUUCAGUGAUGUCCUCAGAAGGAAAUGCAGAUACCCCUGUCAGCAAAUUUAUGGACCGGCUGCUGUCCUUAAUGGUGUGUAACCAUGAGAAAGUAGGGCUGCAGAUACGGACCAAUGUGAAGGACCUGGUGGGUCUAGAAUUGAGUCCUGCGCUUUAUCCAAUGCUAUUUAACAAACUGAAGAAUACCAUCAGCAAAUUCUUUGACUCACAAGGACAGGUUUUACUGACUGACACCAAUACUCAGUUCGUAGAGCAAACCAUCGCUAUAAUGAAGAACUUGCUAGAUAACCAUACUGAAGGCAGCUCUGAACACCUGGGGCAAGCUAGCAUUGAAACAAUGAUGUUAAAUUUGGUCAGAUAUGUUCGUGUGCUUGGGAAUAUGGUCCAUGCAAUUCAGAUAAAAACGAAACUGUGUCAGUUAGUUGAGGUAAUGAUGGCAAGGAGAGACGACCUCUCAUUUUGUCAAGAGAUGAAGUUUAGGAAUAAGAUGGUAGAAUACUUGACAGACUGGGUUAUGGGAACAUCAAACCAAGCAGCAGAUGAUGAUGUCAAAUGUCUUACAAGAGACUUGGACCAGGCAAGCAUGGAAGCAGUGGUUUCACUCCUGGCUGGUCUUCCGCUGCAGCCCGAGGAAGGAGAUGGUGUGGAACUAAUGGAAGCCAAAUCACAGUUAUUUCUUAAGUAUUUCACAUUGUUUAUGAACCUUUUGAAUGACUGUAGUGAAGUUGAAGAUGAAAAUGCACAGACAGGUGGCAGGAAACGUGGCAUGUCUCGGAGGCUGGCCUCACUGAGGCACUGUACAGUCCUUGCGAUGUCCAACUUGCUCAAUGCUAAUGUGGACAGCGGCCUCAUGCACUCUAUAGGUUUAGGUUAUCACAAAGAUCUUCAGACAAGAGCUACAUUUAUGGAAGUUCUGACAAAAAUCCUCCAACAAGGCACAGAAUUUGACACACUUGCAGAAACAGUGUUGGCAGAUCGGUUUGAGAGAUUGGUGGAGCUGGUCACGAUGAUGGGUGAUCAGGGAGAGCUCCCUAUAGCUAUGGCCCUGGCCAACGUGGUUCCUUGUUCUCAGUGGGAUGAACUAGCUCGAGUUCUGGUGACUCUCUUUGAUUCUCGGCAUUUACUCUACCAAUUGCUCUGGAACAUGUUUUCUAAGGAAGUAGAAUUGGCAGACUCCAUGCAGACUCUUUUCCGAGGCAACAGCUUAGCUAGUAAAAUAAUGACCUUCUGUUUCAAGGUAUACGGUGCUACCUACCUACAAAAACUCCUGGAUCCUUUAUUACGAAUUGUGAUCACAUCCUCUGAUUGGCAGCACGUGAGCUUUGAAGUGGACCCUACCAGGUUAGAACAGUCAGAGAGCCUUGAGGAAAACCAGCGGAACCUCCUUCAGAUGACUGAAAAGUUCUUCCAGGCCAUCAUCAGUUCCUCCUCAGAAUUUCCCCCUCAGCUUCGAAGUGUGUGCCACUGUUUAUACCAGGCAACUUGCCACUCCCUACUGAAUAAAGCUACAGUAAAAGAAAAAAAGGAAAACAAAAAAUCAGUGGUUAGCCAGCGUUUUCCUCAGAACAGCAUCGGUGCAGUAGGAAGUGCCAUGUUCCUCAGAUUUAUCAAUCCUGCCAUUGUCUCACCGUAUGAAGCAGGGAUUUUAGAUAAAAAGCCACCACCUAGAAUUGAAAGGGGCUUGAAGUUAAUGUCAAAGAUACUUCAGAGUAUUGCCAAUCAUGUUCUCUUCACAAAAGAAGAGCAUAUGCGGCCUUUUAAUGAUUUUGUAAAAAGCAACUUUGAUGCAGCACGAAGGUUUUUCCUUGAUAUAGCAUCUGAUUGUCCCACAAGUGAUGCAGUAAAUCAUAGUCUUUCCUUCAUCAGUGAUGGCAAUGUGCUUGCUUUACAUCGUCUGCUCUGGAACAAUCAGGAGAAAAUUGGCCAGUAUCUUUCCAGCAAUAGGGAUCACAAAGCUGUGGGGAGACGGCCUUUUGAUAAGAUGGCAACACUUCUUGCGUACCUGGGGCCUCCGGAGCACAAACCUGUGGCAGAUACACACUGGUCCAGUCUUAACCUUACCAGUUCAAAGUUUGAGGAAUUCAUGACUAGGCAUCAAGUACAUGAAAAAGAAGAAUUCAAGGCUUUGAAAACAUUAAGUAUUUUCUACCAAGCUGGGACUUCCAAAGCUGGGAAUCCUAUAUUUUAUUAUGUUGCACGGAGGUUCAAAACUGGUCAGAUCAAUGGGGAUUUGCUAAUAUAUCACGUCUUGCUGACUUUAAAGCCAUAUUAUGCAAAGCCAUAUGAAAUUGUAGUGGACCUUACCCAUACUGGGCCUAGCAAUCGCUUUAAAACGGACUUCCUCUCUAAGUGGUUUGUUGUUUUUCCUGGCUUUGCUUAUGACAACGUCUCUGCAGUUUACAUCUAUAACUGUAACUCCUGGGUCAGGGAGUAUACCAAGUAUCACGAGCGGCUGCUGACUGGCCUCAAAGGCAGCAAAAGGCUCAUUUUCAUAGACUGCCCCGGGAAGCUGGCUGAGCACAUAGAACACGAACAACAGAAACUGCCCGCUGCCACCUUGGCUUUAGAAGAGGACCUGAAGGUGUUCCACAAUGCUCUCAGGCUAGCUCACAAAGACACCAAGGUUUCUAUUAAAGUUGGUUCUACUGCUGUUCAGGUAACCUCAGCAGAGCGAACAAAAGUCCUGGGACAGUCAGUCUUUUUAAAUGAUAUCUAUUAUGCUUCGGAAAUUGAAGAAAUCUGCCUGGUGGAUGAGAACCAGUUCACCUUAACCAUCGCAAACCAGGGCACACCACUCACCUUCAUGCACCAGGAGUGUGAUGCCAUUGUCCAGUCUAUCAUUCACAUCCGGACGCGCUGGGAGCUGUCGCAGCCUGAUUCCAUCCCCCAGCACACCAAGAUUCGGCCCAAAGAUGUCCCUGGGACACUGCUCAAUAUUGCAUUGCUCAAUUUAGGCAGUUCAGACCCGAGUUUACGGUCAGCUGCCUAUAAUCUUCUGUGUGCCUUAACUUGUACCUUUAAUUUAAAAAUCGAGGGCCAGUUACUAGAGACAUCAGGUUUAUGUAUCCCUGCUAACAACACCCUCUUCAUCGUCUCGAUUAGUAAGACGCUGGCUGCCAAUGAGCCACACCUCACCUUAGAAUUUUUGGAAGAGUGUAUUUCUGGAUUUAGCAAAUCUAGUAUUGAAUUGAAACACCUUUGUUUAGAAUACAUGACUCCAUGGCUGUCAAAUCUGGUCCGUUUUUGUAAGCACAACGAUGAUGCCAAACGACAAAGAGUUACUGCUAUUCUGGAUAAGCUAAUAACAAUGACCAUAAAUGAGAAGCAGAUGUACCCAUCCAUCCAAGCAAAAAUAUGGGGGAGCCUUGGGCAGAUUACAGAUCUCCUUGAUGUUGUAUUAGACAGUUUCAUCAAAACCAGUGCAACGGGUGGCUUGGGAUCGAUAAAAGCUGAGGUGAUGGCAGAUACUGCUGUAGCUCUGGCUUCUGGAAACGUGAAAUUGGUUUCAAGCAAGGUUAUUGGAAGGAUGUGCAAAAUAAUUGACAAGACAUGCUUAUCUCCAACCCCUACUUUAGAGCAGCAUCUCAUGUGGGACGAUAUUGCUAUUCUCGCACGCUACAUGCUAAUGCUGUCCUUCAACAACUCCCUGGAUGUAGCGGCUCAUCUCCCCUACCUCUUCCACGUGGUCACGUUCUUAGUGGCCACAGGGCCACUCUCCCUUAGAGCUUCCACACACGGAUUGGUCAUUAAUAUCAUUCACUCUCUGUGUACUUGUUCACAACUUCAUUUUAGUGAAGAGACCAAGCAGGUUUUGAGACUCAGUUUGACAGAGUUCUCAUUACCCAAAUUUUACUUGCUGUUUGGCAUCAGCAAAGUGAAGUCAGCCGCUGUCAUUGCCUUCCGCUCCAGUUAUCGGGACAGGUCAUUCUCUCCUGGCUCCUAUGAGAGGGAGACUUUCGCUUUGACAUCCUUGGAAACAGUCACAGAGGCUUUGCUGGAGAUCAUGGAGGCAUGUAUGAGAGAUAUUCCAACAUGCAAGUGGCUGGACCAGUGGACAGAACUAGCUCAAAGAUUUGCAUUUCAAUAUAAUCCAUCCCUUCAACCAAGAGCUCUUGUUGUCUUCGGCUGCAUUAGCAAACGAGUGUCUCAUGGGCAGAUAAAGCAGAUUAUCCGUAUUCUCAGCAAGGCACUUGAGAGUUGCUUAAAAGGACCUGAUACUUACAACAGUCAAGUUCUGAUAGAGGCCACAGUAAUAGCACUAACCAAAUUACAGCCGCUCCUUAAUAAGGACUCCCCUUUGCACAAAGCCCUCUUUUGGGUAGCUGUGGCUGUGCUGCAGCUUGACGAGGUCAACUUGUAUUCAGCAGGCACCGCACUCCUGGAACAAAACCUGCACACCUUAGACAGUCUCCGGAUAUUCAAUGACAAGAGCCCGGAGGAGGUGUUUAUGGCGAUCCGGAACCCUCUGGAAUGGCACUGCAAGCAAAUGGAUCAUUUUGUUGGACUCAAUUUCAACUCGAACUUUAACUUUGCCCUGGUUGGGCACCUCUUAAAAGGGUACAGACAUCCUUCACCUGCCAUUGUUGCCAGAACAGUCAGAAUUUUGCAUACGCUACUAACUCUGGUUAACAAACAUAGAAAUUGUGACAAAUUUGAGGUGAAUACACAGAGCGUGGCUUAUUUAGCAGCUUUACUCACAGUGUCUGAGGAGGUUCGAAGUCGUUGUAGCCUAAAACAUAGAAAGUCUCUUCUUCUUACUGAUAUUUCAAUGGAAAAUGUUCCUAUGGAUACAUAUCCCAUUCAUCAUGGCGACCCUGGCUAUAGGACACUGAAGGAGAAUCAGCCAUGGUCCUCUCCCAAAGGUUCUGAAGGGUACCUUGCAGCCACAUACCCAACUGUGGGCCAGACCAGUCCCCGGGCGAGGAAAUCCAUGAGCUUGGACAUGGGGCAGCCUUCCCAGGCCAACACGAAGAAGUUGCUUGGAACAAGGAAAAGUUUUGAUCACUUGAUAUCAGACACAAAGGCUCCUAAAAGGCAAGAAAUGGAAUCAGGGAUCACAACACCCCCCAAAAUGAGGAGAGUAGCAGAAACUGAUUAUGAAAUGGAAACUCAAAGGAUUUCCUCAGCACAGCAGCACCCACAUUUACGGAAAGUCUCCGUGUCAGAAUCGAAUGUUCUCUUGGAUGAAGAAGUACUUACUGAUCCAAAGAUCCAAGCACUUCUUCUUACUGUUCUGGCUACACUGGUAAAAUACACCACGGAUGAGUUUGACCAACGAAUUCUUUAUGAAUAUUUAGCAGAAGCCAGUGUUGUUUUCCCCAGAGUUUUUCCUGUUGUGCACAAUUUGUUGGACUCUAAGAUCAACACCUUAUUGUCGUUGUGCCAAGAUCCAAAUUUAUUAAAUCCAAUUCAUGGAAUUGUGCAGAGUGUGGUAUACCAUGAAGAGUCCCCACCACAGUACCAGACGUCUUACCUGCAGAGUUUUGGGUUUAAUGGCUUGUGGCGGUUUGCAGGACCCUUUUCAAAGCAAACACAAAUCCCAGACUAUGCUGAGCUUAUUGUUAAGUUUCUUGAUGCCUUGAUUGACACGUAUUUGCCUGGAAUUGAUGAAGAAGCCAGUGAGGAGUCCCUCCUGACACCCACAUCUCCUUAUCCUCCUGCAGUGCAGAGCCAGCUUAGUAUUACUGCUAACCUUAACCUUUCUAAUUCCAUGACCUCACUUGCAACUUCCCAGCAUUCCCCAGCUUCUCUGCCUUGCUCUAAAUCAGCAGUUUUCAUGCAGCUGUUGCCUCAUCAAGGAAUUGACAAGGAGAACGUGGAGCUCUCCCCAACCACUGGGCACUGUAAUAGUGGACGGACUCGCCAUGGAUCCGCAAGCCAGGUGCAGAAGCAAAGAAGCACUGGCAGUUUCAAACGUAAUAGCAUUAAGAAGAUCGUGUGAAGCCUUCUUUCUUUCCUUUUUCAAGGAGACUUAACUUCCGCGGGCUCUUCACCAGUGACCCGUCACCACCGUGCUGUGAUGCUGCACCUCACGUUUGUAAAGAGCCCGUCUGUCCGUCUGCCAUGUUGCCGGGUGACCCAUUCUUGGAAGCAUUGCCUAAAUUUAAUGCUGCUUUUUCUUUAACUUCUUUCCUCCUACUUUUGGUGUGUCUGUUUAAGCAAGUGUUCGAACGACUUCAAAGAAAGUGGGAGGUCAGGACACUUGAACUGAAAACAUCCCAGUGUGAGAGGGGAUGGGUUCUUAUUGCUCCUGCUGGCCAGCUGUGACAGCCAUUUGCACAGAGCUCUGCCUUCCGUUUCCCCUCCAUCCUGCAAAGCAAAGUGUUAGCCUUAUUUACACACUUUUCAAGGUAGAAGUUUAUGUGAGGAACAUUAUGAUAACCCCAAUAUAUUUAAUCUGACUUUUAGCUGUGGACUUUUUUUUACCUUCCAAAACUGAAGGAACCAUAGAGGUCAAGCCUUAGUGACUUCACACAGUAAAGCCACCGGUGAGGUACUCUGAGGGGUGGAGGGAUCACUGUUUUGUAGCGGGUUCUUAAGAAAUACUAACACUUCAGGAUUGUCAGUGAUCACAGGAAAAUAAGUGUGACCACAUAUGUCUUACUUAACGUUACUGAAUUUUAAAGCAAAGGGUUCUGAGGCCUGAUCCAAACUCAGUCAUUCGAACUAGUUUAUUUUCUUUCCAGCUGAUUAUCUUUUAAUCUUUAAAUAUGCUAAAAGUUGUUGUUUUUUGCUUUAGUAAGCCAAAACUAUACUAAGUAUAGUAAUUACAUGUUUCCUCCUCCUCCUCUUUACUAAGUAAUUCUGAGCAGGGUAGCCAGUGAACAAAGUGUUGAAAAGUGUUCCUACGAGGUAACUUUCACAAACGUUUGCAUUAGCUCCAUAGCAAAGCAGAAUGGUACAUGACUUUUCGAUUAGCUAUUGCUUUUAUUUUGUUUAAUAAUUUCCCCAGAAGUGGAAUAUGAUGUAUAUUAACAAAAAUGCCUUUGAUAAAAUAUAGUUUAAAUGUCUUGUAUUCCUCCCCCGUCCCUCCAAAAGAAUCAGGAAUCUCUUGAGCAAAACAUUUGGCUUGUGUGUGGCAGAAUCGCUUUUGAUCACUGUGAACAGACCAGUCAGCCUGGUGUGACAGCAGAGAACCGUCAGAGGUGCUGCACCGCGUGGGGUGGAUCGUAAUGGCCCAGGGUUUCCAUGGUGACGCAGAUCCGGUUUCUCCGGGAUGUUAUCAUUUAGGACUAAAACAUAUUUAUUACAAGAAGAUAUUACCCCCUAGUUCCAGGUUCCCUUCAUAUUUUAAGAUGUAAUGGCUUCAGGAGGGGAGAGAAACCCAGGGGAGGGGGCAGUUUCCAGUAGUGCUGUUUCAUCAGUGGAUUUCAGUAAAUUAAAUUCCACAGCUAAAUCAAUGAAUAAUGGUACAUGUAAGUGUUCUGAUUUUAAUAAUAUAACACAUUUCACAUUUAUCCACACAGUAACAAUGUAAUAUGUUCAUGUAAAUAAAAUUGCUUUUGAUAUUCAGAAAUAACAAGAAUUUAAUCUUUUUAAUUUGUUUACAGUCCUGGGAAAAGAACCAUUUGCCAAAAUAAAAGGAAAAAAAACCUUAGUACUAGUAGGUAUUUUGGCAUAGAAUUAUUGGAAAAUAUUGAAGACAGGUGCAAUCAACUAAACUUCUGUUUUUAACUAUUGUAGAGGCUGCAUUAGAAUAGAAUGUUUAUAAUAACAGAGCAACUAAGACCAUAAAGAAGCUAAGACUAGAACUGAGUUUAGAAGUAGGUCCUUAACAGCCCAAAGCCAAGGACGCCGAGCUGCUGCUGUCCAGGCCCGGGUCCUCGCACACCCAGUGCAUCCGGGGUGGGUCUCACCGCCUGGGCUCCUGGAACAGAAGCAAAUGUGAGCCUUCCGUCAUUCGGCUCCCCCGUUUUCCUCAUUUGGGGACGAUUCGGUGCAUAUGACAGCAGGUAUUGUUAUGCUGUUUUGCUUCUCCCAUCAAAACAGAUAAACUCCAAAGGUUUACUGUUAAAAAUACUUUUCCGUAAACAAGUUUUCUGAGGUAUGAUAUUUCUUAAAUGUGUUCAUUAUUUCCCUCUAGUGUGUGAAUGGAAGGAAUUCACUUGAAGCGCCUCAUGAAAUGGUCAGCGUUGCACAAAUCAAAACAGACUUCUCCGAACCGCAGAAGUGCUUUUAACCCGUGCAUCCUGGGACUGGAAAACUUACCAAGUUUAAGCUUUUCCUUGUGUAACAAGAGCUUCUGACUUUUGAGGGAAAUCUAGUUUUCCAAAUAACUAAAAUGAACAACAGAUCUCGCACCAGGAUGCUUCCCCUGAGAAAGGAGAUGCCUUUUUAGGCCUCGUACCUGUAAUCUGCACAAGAAAUUCUGACGUUCAGAGCACGUUGCCCAUUUUGCAAAGUCAGAUGUUUUAUAAAAAACAUCAUAGGUCAUGUGUUUUUGGUUCGUGGAUGUUUCCCCAGACUUUUUAUUAUUUUUCUUAUUGUCGGUGUUUGUUUUUGACCCCCUGACUUUUUAAAGAGGAAAACAUUAACUCCUCACAUAUGUGUUGUGCAUAAUGUACCUAUUUUGUCCCCGCUCCAGCCCCAGGGGCGUGCCCUCGUUGGCCAGCGCGGAGAACGCGGUGCAGUAGCCUCGGGGAGAGUGGCGAGCGCUCUUUCCUCGGCCGCCUGGCCCCCAAGCGCCGUCAGUCCUCAGGCGCCAGCUCGGCGGGCCCCCAUGCGCGGUCCACGCCCGCCCACGGAAGGGGCGCACAGCGGGAGCCAGCGGCCCUUCCUGCUUGGUGGGCUUUAGGGCUUUUCCAAGUCGUUUUGGGGCCUUUGGGUUUUGUUUUCACACUGUUCCCUCACCCCCGGCAUAAUGAGGCAUGUCGUACUCGGUGUCAUGCACGGACUCACACGGAAAUUCACUCCAGUGUCAGCCAGACAGUUUUCUAAUGCAGUGUAUUCACCUGUACAUAGUUUGUGUAAAAUUUGACAGAAAAGUAUAUUUACUACACUGUAAAUACAUGUGAUGAUAUAUUGUAUUAUUUUGCUUUUUUGUAAAGCAGUUAGUUGCUGUACAUGGAUAACAAACAAAAAUUUGAUUAUUCUCGUGUUAGUAUUGUUAACUUUUUUUCCCGCGACUGCAUUACAUCAUUUAAAGAAAAUGCUGUGUAUUGUAAACUUACAUUGUAUAUGAAUACUUCCUCUCCUUUCUCUCAGACCUGAACUCGGGCAGUUCGUCCCCUCGUCCACACCCUUGUGAAUAUGUAAGCAGCUGUACGCCAGCAGAGAAGUACUGCCCAGCAGACAAAACCUGUCCCUGUAGGGAAAUUGUAGAAACCUGCUUCAGAUCAUUGUCGCCCCACCCCACUGCCUUCCCUGUGUAUGUACUCCCCCCUGCCCCCCUUUUUUAAGUAAAGUGUAAAUUCAAUCUGC